AUGGACGUAGUAAAAGCGGUUGGGAAAUACCUCAGCACUCCCGUAGGAACUGUUUGCUAUAACACAGAUAAAGUUUUGACAACAGUUCUUGAUAAAGAAAAUGUUGAAGGUUUUGCAAGUAUUAUUCUAAAGUUGGCCUUAAAAAGUGGUUCAACAAUGACUCAGGAGCAAAAAUUACUAAGUUAUCAAUGGUUGGAACAUUUGGCUAUGUAUGCCAAGCAAGCUAUGUUGAAUCCGAUUUUUGCUAAGAAUUUUUUACAGGGCAUCAAUGAAGCAUUAGCAAAAAGUACAUAUUUAGCUGGACAUGUCUUAACUGUCACUGAUAUAGCAGCAUAUCAUGUUUUAUACCCUAUAAUAGAACGGUUAAAUAUUGUAGAACAAGAAUCUUUAUUACAUGUUUGCAGAUGGUCCAAACAUAUGCAAGCCCAGCCCAAAGUGUGCGUUAAUCGCUCACCACUACCAUUAAAUACUUUAACACUUUCUAUCCUUGCCCCAGCGGUACAC